AUGGAGGCUCUCGCUCAUGGCAAGGCCGAUGUAGCAAGGGAGCUAACAAGCUCCCGGGCUGCUGUGGCCUUCAGCACAGAAGACAAAGCUCAACAGGCGGCUGCAGAUCAGCAGUGUCCUCAGCUGCAGCAGGCAGGUGUAAGACCUAGGACCUUUCCCGUCUGCAGGGGAGGCUUAAGAGACUAUAGGCCAGGCUGCUUAGCGCUCCCUCUCUCCCCCCCCUCCCUCCCUCCUCCGCUUUCAGGUCGCAUUUUGGACAUCCCCUGCAAAGUGUGCGGGGACCGCAGCUCCGGGAAGCACUACGGGGUGUACGCCUGCGAUGGGUGCUCGGGGUUUUUCAAGCGGAGCAUCAGGAGGAAUAGGACCUAUGUGUGCAAAUCGGGGAACCAGGGGGGCUGCCCGGUGGACAAGACGCACAGGAACCAGUGCCGGGCCUGCCGGCUGAAGAAGUGCUUGGAAGUCAACAUGAACAAAGACGCCGUGCAGCACGAGCGGGGUCCCCGGACGUCGACGAUACGGAAGCAGGUGGCCCUCUACUUCCGCGGGCACAAGGAGGAGAGCGGCAGCGCCCCACAUUUCCCAGCUGCCGCCCUGCCGGCACCUGCCUUCUUCACCGCCGUCUCCCAGCUGGAGCCCCACGGCCUGGAGCUGGCCGCCGUCACUGGCACCCCCGAGAGGCAGGCCCUGGUGGGCCUGGCACAGCCCACCCCGAAGUAUCCACACGAAGUCAAUGGCACCCCCAUGUAUCUCUAUGAAGUGGCCACCGAAUCCGUCUGUGAGUCAGCAGCCAGACUUCUGUUCAUGAGUAUCAAGUGGGCCAAGAGCGUCCCAGCCUUCUCCACCUUGUCCCUACAAGACCAGCUGAUGCUUUUGGAAGAUGCUUGGAGAGAACUGUUUGUUCUAGGAAUAGCACAAUGGGCCAUUCCAGUUGAUGCUAACACUCUACUGGCUGUAUCUGGCAUGAACGGUGACAAUACAGAUUCUCAGAAGCUGAAUAAAAUUAUUUCAGAAAUACAGGCUUUACAGGAGGUUGUGGCUAGAUUUAGACAACUCCGGCUAGAUGCUACUGAAUUUGCCUGUCUCAAAUGCAUUGUCACUUUUAAAGCUGUGCCGACACACAGUGGCUCUGAGCUAAGGAGCUUCCGAAACGCUGCCGCGAUAGCCGCCCUCCAAGACGAAGCCCAGCUCACCCUGAACAGCUACAUUCACACCAGGUACCCCACACAACCCUGUCGUUUUGGAAAACUUUUAUUGCUUUUACCAGCUUUACGUUCGAUUAGUCCAUCUACAAUAGAAGAAGUGUUUUUCAAAAAGACCAUUGGGAAUGUACCAAUUACAAGACUGCUUUCAGAUAUGUACAAAUCCAGUGACAUAUAAAUUACCUUAAAAUAAACAAUCAGGAUGGACAGUUUGAGAAGAACUUUUAUCUACGGAGAAUAAGCCUCAACUAACAAAAUCUACAGGAAGCAUAAGCCUGGGAAUGUUUAGCCUUUAAACUCAUUGACAAAAAAUACCCCAGUAGAUAUGAUUCUGCUGCUCUGAACAGAGCGAUUUAGAUCAUGGAGAGAAAGCUUUGUUCUACAGAAAAAGUGAAAGUGGUUGGAAUUUGGCUGCUUUUCCUGUGAGUACAGGAUGGAGGCAAUUCAGAUGCCAGUCAUAGUUAACAAAGACUCCGCUAUUCUCUCAUUUAACUGGCAGAUCCGAGACAAAAUGUGAAAGAAGGUACUUUAGUUUGUUCGGUAUUUGGAACUGGGUGACCAAACUUGGCUUCUGUUGUAACGCGAGAUGCGGUGGCCUUCAGAACUGUUUUAAAAGUAGCCUAUGUUGGUAAAAUGUUUUAAUACGGUAGGCAACAUUUAAGACCAGGUUACCAAAACAUUGCUUCUGCUCUAAUACAUCAUGAAGUGGCCUUCAGAACUGAUUAAAAAGUAGCUUAUGACGGCAGUUCCAUUCUUCCUGAAAAAUGAGCUGGUGAUCUUUGACGCAGCGUCACCAGACGUUGUUCGGUUAACAUCUCAAGACAGAAGAGCUUUACACACCUCCUCCCCGACCUUCCCUUCUUCUUACACACACAAGCACCCACCCAAACACACCCCCGAAAAAAAGUCCGAGUCAAGAAAGGAAGACUAAAACAGCAAAACCAAAUCCAAUGGAGAUGACCGCUUCAGUGACCUGCUGGCUGUCCCGUUGGCACAGUGCUGAAACCAAAGGCAACGGUGGCCAAACUCUUUGUCAAUGAGAUGUGCAGAGAAGUGAAAUGACUCUAAAGAAAUCAACGGAAGGGAUUUUAUUUCAAAGAAAUAAAGGUGGUUGACUGAUACGAUGCUAACAAUUUCCCAAAGUCUCCAAUGCCUUCUUAGAAAACUCCAGGUUCUAAUUUUGAAGCCUUGUUCGCCUACACCCUCUCACACACAAAAACAUUAUAAGCUGCUUAUUUGAUGUAUGAAACAUGUAGGAAAAACAUUUAAAGAUAGCUGCUGUACUUUUCAAAAUUUGAUUUGUUAUUAGAAACUAGCACUGAGAAAAAUCAGCACUUGGACUAUCAUAGAAUGAGUAAAACUUUUCCUGUACAAAGUGGAUUAACUGAUUUGUGAAGUUAAAAAGUUGUACUCAUUGUAUUUACAAAGAAUAAAAAUAUAUUGAAUUUAAAUUACUUUCCACUGCUCUUUUAAUGCUUAUCCUUUUAUUUCUGGAUUAGUUUCUUUGACUGCACUCUACUUACCAGGGAACAGAAAUAACCUCUACUAAAGUGAGUUGCCUCAGAUGCUGUGGAGUGUCUAUCAUCAGAGGUUUUAAAGAUGAGGUUAGACAAACUUUAAGGGAAUAACUUAGCUACAGGUGAUCCUGCCUUGGGGCAAAGGGACUUUGAUGUCCCGCACAAAGAUGUUUUCUGUAUUUCAUACACAUUUACUGCAAGGUUUCUAACAUUUCCUUCUCAAGGAGCUGACACAGAGCUUUUUCUGGGACAUAAUUCUAAACAGAUUCGAUGUUUGACCUAGUAUAUGUCUUCUGUUCCGUUAUUUAGUAUCGAGUUAUUUAGUUUUUGGUAUCUGUGAGUUGUGCAUCUCACAAUGGGUGAUGAGUACAAAAACACUGCUUCCAUUAAAAAGAUUCUGAAGUUUUAUUAAGGUGUCCAGUUAUAUUUCAAACCAAAGAAAGGGGCAAGCAACUCCCUGGGCUCAGGAAGAAGCUGGCAACAGAAAGAAAAUAAAACAUAUUGUUCAUAAGGCAGGGAGUGACCGAAGAGUAUGGACGUUAAAGUGACAAGUGGAAAUGUACAGGGUAUAUCCAUGGCUCAUUGUUUAUUGGUGUCGAGGAACACAGACCACGAGUGAAAUCCUAGCUCCAUGGACUCCAAGCACAAAACUCCUGUUUUAGAGGUCCAAGUUCUCAACCCAUCUCUCUUCCACUUGCUCAGUCCGACAGGUCUCAUGUUCCGUUCUUUCCAAGACAGCGGGACCAUUAAAUAUGCGAGACCAGUCUUUUGAUGAGUCAGGUGAGAUAAAGCAUGGACUACAGGACUUUGAAACACCUUCUAUACAAACUAGCAUGGAGUGCUUGAAAAUGUGUUUACCAUAGGGUGUGGUGAAUUUGAUCUUAAAAAGAAACCAGCGCUUUAUGAUGAGUUCUUACUGCAUUGAUAACUUACUGGGCUUCAACUGUUUUCUGCUCUACACUAAAGAGAAAACAUUUGUGGCUUCCCACCCUUGUGAUAAUUCAGUUUAUGAGCUUUAACUUGGUUGCAAAUCAGGCAGGGCAAUGGGUGCACACCCCUAUCUCAUCUUCUUAGUAGGACCCAGCCCAUCUGCACAGCAGCCUCAAGCUUGGCAUCAUGCCCAGAUGCCUGUAGUUUAGGCACGGCUGAUCUCAGACCAGGUCCUCCUCCCAGAACUACAGACUGCACAGCAGCAGAACCAGUUAUGCUAUACCAGAUUUAGGGUCUCUGGUUAGCCUUGAAGGACUGAAGCCCAGGUGAAAUCCCAGAAGCCAGUGCAGAUGUUCACUGAAUCCCAGAUCCUGUCACACUCAGAGGUUAACACUGCCAACUUCUCACUGCACUUCAGAAAUAUGAAAAGGAGAAUCUACUUUGACAUCAAGUAUGUGUUUUUUUUUUUUCCCCUCUUUAGCUUAAUUCCUUUUUCCACAGCAGAUGAUACAGGUUGUAUCAUCAUCUUUCAGGCAUAUGACAGGACACUUACUUUGAUUUCAGAAACAAGCUUCUCACAUAAAAUAGAACAUUUGAGAAAGGAAAAAGAACACCUUACUAUGUAUCUAAACCUAAAUCAAUAAAACUUCAUAUACAUUUAGUCCUUCCUGUCCCUUCUCCGAGAGUAAUUCAGCUUUUAAGUAUGAUUCAACAAGCACAGGGAGUUUUAGAAUUGAUUAUUUUGUAUUAUCAAAAACUUACUGAAAAGCUAUACUGAACAGUUUGAUGCUCAAAUAACUGGUCUUUGCCCCCCUCAUACACAACAAAGGCUGUGUUGAAUCUAUCCCGCAGCCCUACCCAUGGAACCAGGGAUCAAAACUUACACAGCCCACCUGCAACCCAGAGCUGUGCCACCAGUGUCCAUUUUAUUUCCUUCCCAUUCCAAAGUCCAAAAAUAAAAAGAUUGCACUUGGUUGUGAGCACCCAGAUCACCUCUGCUGAUAAACUGAGAAACAAACUCUUGUUUUAUUGCAGCCAAAAGAUAGAACGCUUCAUUAAUACCGCACAUAAUCCAGUCAGCCCACCAGUGUUUGUCAGUUCAAACUUUCACAUCCAGAAUUCCAUACAAAUGACAUAGGGGAAGUUUAAAAUGAGAUUAACGGUCUUAUUUAAAGAAAACUGGUAACUUUGUAAGUUUGUAGCAUGUUGUCUACACAGUGAUAGGAA